AGCUUGGCCUCAGUUGCUGGGGCGAUGCGUUGCCGAGCGGUCAGAGCCAGCCCGUUCCGCCAGUUCGCGAGAUUUGCGUUGUUUGCGUUCAAUUGUGACCAGAGAUAGCCACCGGUUUUCAACGUUUUUAUAGUCUCCUCUACACUCUCGUGCGAUCUUUAUAUUUCUUUAUUUUUUGUAAUAUUUUUUAAUUCUGUUUUGUUUGUUUUGUUGUGUUGUGUUGUGUAUAAUUCACCAGUGCUCGACGCACUCAAUAAUAAACAACGAUACGUGAACGAGUCCCGUUAUCAGGGACCGAAAAAAGGUCGUGUCAAAGAUUGCCGAAGAUGCCCUCGGCGAGGAGGUGGUGGCUCCUCCUUGGUCUCCUGCUGCUCGCCGGCUGCUACAGGUCAGCGGUUGCGGAUGAGGGCGACGACUGCAAGCUGCCGAUGGAUCUGCCCGGCAUUUGCCGCGGAUCCUCUGCCUGCGACACCAUCGAGGGUUACCUCAAGUCGGGUGCCUUGUCACCCAGCCAGGUGCCCAGCUGUGGCCUGGGGCUGAUCGAGGAGAACAUCUGCUGUCCCAUAGCACCCUGCUGUUCAACUGAUCAAGGUCAAUUGCCAGCUCCUUCGCCGUCGUCGUCGCCGUCUCCCUUGCCUUCUCCUUCUAAGCUGCCAGUUUCUACCAGCUCCGAGCCCAGCAGGGAAUGGGAACGGGAUCGGGAGCCAGUCUCCCAGCCGCUUAGGGAGCGGGAGCCGCGGCUAGACGAGAACCUGGACUUCUUCGACUUUAAUAAGCUGCUCAGUACCACCACCGUGAAGCCCCAGAAGACCCAUGAAUCCAUGAAGAUGCCCACUCAGAGAGUUGGUCCCUGGGGCAUAGCUCCUCCAAGACCGACCACGCCCUGGGGUUGGGACAACUCCAAAAACGAGCCACGUGUUGUGGUCAACCGGCCAAUGACCACGCCCCGUUCCAACAGGCAACCACCGAAUCCCAGAGAUCAUGGUGACCAGAACCUAAUCCAUCUGGUUAACGAUCGGUUGCGUCAGCAGGGGAUGCAGAUCGAGCCCGCCCGGGAGGUGCACCCACCCACGAGACAGCCCACACCCGCACCCGCACCCGUGCCAGCGACAGUGAGCAAUCCAUUCGAGCCCUUUCGCUUCCGUGGACAGGACAGACAGCUAGAACCGCAUGUCUGGAGGGAGCCCAGCAACGAUCUGGACGAUGAAGUGGAGUUCGUCAGCCCUAGUCCAAGUCCAAGUCCGAGUCCGAGUCCGAGUCCCAGGAACUUUACUUUGCCCGAUUUGCGUCCAACAACAACGACGACAGUCAGUCCAAUCAACCCGGUCAGCCCCACCUCGCGAGUGAAUGUUCCGGACAAUGCCGAGCGGCCGGCGGUGGCAGCCUGCACGAAGCUCAGGUCAAAGGAUAUAAUGAAAUCCCUAACGCCUCACAUCCUAGGCGGUGUGCCCGUGGAGCUGGGCGUUUAUCCACACAUGGCGGCCAUUGCCUACACUACGUUCGGAACCGUGGACUUCCGCUGCGGAGGAUCACUCAUUGCCAGCAGAUACGUCCUGACCGCUGCCCAUUGUGUCAACAGUGACAGCACCACGCCGUCCUUUGUCCGCCUGGGAGCAGUGAACAUUGAGAAGCCCAACCAGGGCUAUCAGGACAUCAACGUGGCCAACCUCAACAUCCAUCCAGACUAUGUGAGCAGCAGCAAGUACAACGAUAUUGCCAUCCUGGAACUGGCCGAGGAGGCUCGGGAGACGGAAAACAUUCGGCCAGCCUGCCUCUACACGGACACUGCUGAUCCGCCACUGGACUCCAAGAUCUUUGUGGCCGGCUGGGGUGUCCUGAAUGUGACCAAUCGGGCCAGGUCAAAGAUCCUGCUGCGCGCUGGCCUGGACCUGGUGCCGGUGGACAAGUGCAACGCCUCCUUUGCGGAGCAGCCGAGCACCAUUCGGGCCCUGAAGAGGGGCAUCAUCGACUCGCUGCUGUGCGCUGCGGACUCGAAGCAGAGGAAGGACGCCUGCCAGGGCGACUCCGGUGGCCCGCUCAUCCGGGAGGUGAACAUCGAGGAUGGCAUCUACUCGGUUUUGGGCGUGAUCUCUUCGGGCUUUGGUUGCGCCACCAAAACACCCGGCCUCUACACGCGCGUCUCCUCCUUCCUCAGCUACAUCGAGGGCAUCGUGUGGCCGGACAACCGUGUAUAGCCUCCUCUCAGCUGAUCUGCAAUAAAUUUAGUUUGAACGGA